GCGCAACCACAUGAUGACCGAGCGAACCAGCUAUCCGCGGGACAAGCGUCCGCGCCGCCUCGCACCCGACGCGGUGCUGCUGUCGGCCGAGCUCCUCGAGGCAGUGGCGACGUACCUGCCCGUCGACAGCAUCGCGGCGUUCCUUGCUGCACUGCCCGAGCAGCUGUGCACGUCGGCGCUGCAGCUCAUCACCACGCUGUCGCACGCCCUGGGGCUCGACGUUCUUUGGCCCACGCUCGACCUGCGUACGCUCACGCAGCUUGCGAAUGUCGACGAUGUGCUCGCCCAUCUCCUCAGCGUGAAUUCGCGGCUGUGCGUCCCUUUGGCGACCGCACGGCCGACGGUGCCAGUGGUUGUCGUCACACCGCCGCGCGCAUGGCCGACGCUUGGCCAUCUCUCGCUCACGAUUGCCACAUGGACCAUGGACCCGCAUGUGAUGGCGAACGUCCAGCAAGCGUUUUUGCUCAAUGCGACAUCGGUCCGUUCGAUCGACGUCCGUAUCGUGGCGAUGCCCUUCGCGCCGUCGGACGCGCUAUUCACCACACAAAGUGUGUGUCUCACUGCGCUUGUGGAGCUUCUCGCGUCGAUGGCGUAUGUGACCAAGCUUGUGUUGCGCGCGACGUACUUGGUACACUUUCCUGCGACGGCAGCGGCGACGCUCGCCGCAUGGAUCGAUGCGAUGCCUCUCACGUCAUUGACGAUGCAGAACGUGAACGUGAACGAGGUCUCGACCGCCCGACAGCUCUGGGCACACCGACGCCUCGCACUGCCCACCACUGGACGCGCCACCGGGAUGUGGUCACGCCACCUGACGCACCUCGAUUUCCGGUUCCUUCCGCCGUCCCAGAUGAGCGCCCUGGUCCAAGCGCUCGUCAACAGCCCACUCGUGUCGUUGCACGUGCGUGGCUGGGACGUGAGACGAUGUAUUCCAGGCCAUCCGGUUGUCCAGCGCUUUCUCGAGUACGAUCUUCCGUGUCUCCGCCAGCUCACGACGUUGCGCUUGACCAAGGUCCACCUCUCGACGACCCACUGCCUCACGCUCGCGCUUCUUCUACCGCGCUACACACAUCUCGCUCUCACAAACAACAAGAUGGGCGACGCCGGUGUCCUUGCGCUUGCGCCCUUUCUUCGGCACACGUCGCAGCUCGAGACGCUCGCACUGGUUGACCAAGGCUUUGGUGACGUUGGCGCGUCCGCACUCACAACGGCCCUCAUGCACACACCGCAGCUUCGCACGCUCAACCUCAGCCACAACGAUGUCAAGUUGGGUGGUGUCAUGGCGCUGAGUGGCCUCUUGCCGCAUCUGGCACGGCUAGCGACGUGGCGCUUGUGCAGCAACCCGCUGGGCGCCAAAGGACUCGUAUUUCUUCUGCGUGCGUGGACGUAUGUGAAACUCAACACGACGACGCUGAUCGACGCCCGCAGUACGGUCGGCAGCAACGACGAUUCCCGGGACGUUGACGCGCUCAUCUCGGCGCUGCCGCGUCACCGAACAUGCUUGACGGGCACCUUGUCGCGAGAUGACGAGAUCGCUCGGGCCAACGCCCAUCGCGCCCAACUGGACGCACAUUGGGCAGCGCGCUUCGCCCAGAUCUUGGAGGCUCACGUGCGAGCACCCCAUGUCCGGGUGUUCCCGGUGUUCCCGGUGUGACCCGCCGCAGUGCGCUCUGCACGCAGCGUCGCAGUGUAUGAGUUGCCAUCAUGUAUAUCUAUAUGAACGUGUUUCGCGUUAUAUAUGAACGUGUUUCGCGUUAUCUUCAUAUUUACACUAAGACUUCG